AUGUAUAUGGAUGAAUCUUUAGGGGGAUUGUUCGAUUCUGUGAAUGGAUUGAAGCUCAGUCAUGAAACCCUCUCUGCUGUAAAUAGUAGGAAUUUCGUUUCUGGGUUCAAAUCAGACAAUUCUACUGUUGUCAAUAAGAACUCAGUGAGCAUUCCUCCCUUGCCAACCAGUCACCCUAGUGUAAACGUUGGCGAGGCAACAUUACAGCCGAGCAGAACUCAAGCUGAGGAGUCGUCCCCUGAUGAUUUUGAUUUCAGUGAUGUGGUUCUCAAGUAUAUUACUGAUAUACUGAUGGAAGAAGACAUGGGAGAGAAAGCAUGCAUGUUCCAGGAGUCCUCAGCAGCACUUCAGGCCGCAGAGAAAUCACUCUAUGAUCUCAUUGGAGAACGGUACCCACCAACAUUACACAUUACUGAUCAACACAUUGAGAGUUUAGAUGAAAGCCAUGAAUCGUGUCCUCGCACUUGUACUACUAGUAGCAUGAGCAGCAACAGUUGUGGUGGUAGUAGCUUAAUGGAUUGUGCGUGGAGCUAUCAUGAUAAUAAUACAUCACAUAGCCCAGUGGCCAGUGCAAGCACAGUAGUUGAUAAUACAUUCUCAGAGUCUCCAUUGAGCAGUGUUUCAAUUCCUGACUUUUUUGCGGAGAAUGAGUCUGCCAUUCAGUUUAGAAGAGGGUUUGAAGAGGCAAGUAAGUUCAUUCCCAGGGGUAGUUUGUUUGUUGAUCUGGAGAGUAAUGGGAUCUCUCUUAAAGACCUUAACGAUCAUGAUAAUAAGCAUGAAGCUAGAGGAAAGAAGAAUCCUCAUCCUCCUGAGUAUCUGAACUUAGAGGUUGGAUUUGGAAGGAGCAGUAAGCAGUCAGCAGUUUCUUCUCCCGAAUCGACUGUGAGUUCUGCAGAUUUUGAUAGCAUACUACUCAACUGUGCACAGGAUCCAGAAGCUUCACUCCGUGCAGCUCUCCAGAGUGAGAAGAAAAAGACAGCACAGCAGAAUAGACAAACCAACAAAGGGUUGUCUAAUGGUGGUGGAAAAGCUCGAGGCAAGCGGCAGGGGAAAGCUAAAAAAAAUAUGGUCGACUUAAGGACACUGUUGACUCUCUGUGCACAGGCUGUUGCUGCUGAUGACAGGAGGAACUCAAACGAGCUUUUGAAACAGAUAAGGGAUAAUGCUUCUCAAACUGGGGAUGGAAUGCAGAGAUUGGCAUACAUUUUUGCAGAUGGUCUGGAGGCACGCUUAGCUGGCUCGGGAACACAAAUAUAUAAAGCACUCAUCACAAGGCCAACCUCAGCUGCUGAUGUGUUAAAAGCAUACCAGCUGUUUCUAGCUGCAUGCCCGUUUAGGAAGCUCUCAAACUUUUUCUCGAACAAAACAACAAUGAACUUGGCUCAACGUGCGACAACAAAAACUCUUCACAUAGUUGAUUUUGGUAUUCUCUAUGGUUUUCAGUGGCCAUGCCUCAUUCAGCGCUUGUCCUCCAUGCCUGGUGGGCCUCCAAAGCUUCGAAUCACAGGAGUUGAUUUCCCCAACCCGGGUUUCCGGCCUGCUGAAAGGGUGGAGGAGACCGGACGUCGGUUGGCAAACUAUGCCAGAACUUUCAAUGUUCCGUUUGAGUUCAAUGCUAUCGCACAGAAGUGGGAUACCAUUCGGGUCGAAGAUCUCAAGAUUGAGAAGGGUGAGGUUCUGGUUGUAAACUGUUUAUUCAGGCUGAGAAACUUGCUCGAUGAAACUGUGGUGGUGGACUGUCCAAGGAACAUUGUCCUAAACCUGGUGAGGAAAAUGAGACCCGAUGUCUUCAUCAUUGGCAUUGUCAAUGGAGCCUACAGUGCACCAUUCUUCAUCACCCGGUUUAGGGAGGCGCUCUUCCACUACUCUACUUUGUUUGAUAUGUUGGAGUCUACUGUGCCACGUGAUAUCCCGGAGAGGAAGCUGAUCGAGAGGGAGAUUUUCGGUUGGGAGGCGAUGAAUGUGAUUGCUUGUGAAGGUGCAGAGAGGCUGGAGAGGCCAGAGACAUACAAGCAGUGCCAAGUCAGGAUGCUAAGGGCUGGGUUCACUCAGCUGCCUCUGAAUAGGGAGAUUUUUACAGUUGCAAAGGAGAAGGUGAAGGAGAACUAUGGCAAAGAUUUUGUGAUUGAUGAGGAUGGGCAAUGGGUUCUCCAAGGGUGGAAGGGCCGGAUUGUGUAUGCACUCUCUACCUGGAAGCCAAUUGAUUAUUAG